UAUUGGUAAAGUGAAGGUUACAACUUACAUCUUUGUACCUAACAAAACUACUUUUUCCUUGAAUUGAUCAAUCCUUUUAUGGUAAAUCAGGUCGUGGUUAUUUGUAAAAAAAAAUAAAAAAAUCAACAUUACUCGAUUAAAACAUUACAGUUGAAUUUAUAAAAUUAACAAAUAAACAACUAACAAUAAUGGUACGUGUUAUUAAACAAGAAACUUAUGAUGAAGUUGUCAAAGAAAAUAUUGAAGAGUUUGAUAUGUCACCACAAGAAGCUGUAGAUGAUGCUAUAAAACAAUUUGAGGCACAGGGAAUUGAUUUGUCAAAUAUAAUAAAAGAUCUAGCUCUUGAUAACAAUGAGAAUACAAUAAAAAUAUGUCUGGACAAUUUAAAAUGUUUGCUGGAAAAUAAAAACUUUGAUGAUGUUGAAUCAAUUUUUAAUAAACUUAAAAUUGAAUUAAACAAAGAUAUUGCAAGAAGAGUUUAUGCUGGGAAAGAAAAUGCCUAUAAUAUUAUUAUUGAUAUUCUUAAGCUAACAAAAGAUAAUUUAAAUAUAUUCAAAGCUGGAUUAUCAACAUUGAUAUCAUUGAUGAAUGGACAUCCAGAUCUUCUUGAUGACAAUGGUAUAGAAUUUCAAAUAAAUUGCCUAGAUGAGAUUGAAGAUAUUUCUACUGUUCAGCUUGUUUUAAAAUGGAUCAAAGAAUGCUGUAUUAAACAUGAAAAAAAUAGACAAAAUAUAUUUACAGCUAAAAUAUUAGAUCGACUUAUGAAAAUUGUUAAAAAAAAUGAUGUUAAUGGUGAUGAACUUAGAGCUGCUUGUGGUGUUAUGAGAGCAUUGGUUCUUGAUGAUGAUUUGAGACAUGAAUAUGGAAAAGCACAUGAACAUGCUGCACAAAUUGCCAGAUCAUCAUUAGAAAUUUUAACACUUUUAUUAUCAAAAUUUAAAGAUAAUGAAAAAGUUGUUGGUGAUUUGAUGCUAACCCUGGCAACACUUAUUGUUAGAAAUGAAUUUUGUCAAGAGGUUGAAGAUGCUGGUGGUUUAACAUUUAUUUUAGAUGUUAUUAUAAAUCAUCCAGAUACUGAAAGACUUAAUUGGCAAGCACUUAAAUUACUUAAGGCACUUGCUGGUAAUGACAAUGUCAAAGCACAUAUUAUAACAUCUGGUAGUGCACCAUUAAUAAUAUCAACAUUAAGUAGAUUCAAGACAUCUGAAAAUGUUGUUGCUGCUGGUUUAGCUUGUAUAUCAGCAUUGACACUAAGAAGUUCAUCAAAUUCUGGUGUAUUUUAUGAUUGUGGUGCACCAGGUAUUAUUGUUGAUGCAUUAAAACAUUAUCCAAAAAGUCAAAAUGUUAUUAAACAAGGCUCAUGGGCUAUUCGUAAUAUGACUGUUAGAAAUAAAACAGAAUCACUUGAAUUUAUUACACAUGGUAUUGAAUCUAUAUUUCAAGAUGCCAUUGCAAAUCAUGGUAGUGCACUUGAACAAGAUGUCAAAGCAGCCAUGAGAGAUUUGGGUCUUAAAGUUAAUCUCAAAGAACAAUGGACUGGCAAAGGUGUUGCAAUGACUAAUGAUCGUGUUUAAAA